AAACAAACUCCGGAAGCACGGCGGGGCUGUAACAGUUAUGAUGCGCCAUGUUGUUUUGUAUCUGAGUUUUGCAAGCCUCAUUGAUCUUUUGACAAUUGUUGGACGGUCUAAUUUUAGAUUGAACUUAUCAUACAAAGUGCUCUCAUACCACCAUCCAUGCAACAAGCCGAUUUGAUCUUCUCAUGUUCUUGUUUCAACAAUACAUGACAUAGAUGCUACUCGUAUGAUCCAUGGUUUCAGUAAGUCGUGACUUCUAUUAGUCAAAACUUCCACUUGAUAUCAUCUGUUGUUUUCCUUUGAGGUGACUUAUCACGAUGGCAUGUGAAUUCUGCUCAAUAGAGGGCGUCGUUUGUGAAGAAGCCGGCUGCGAAUCGAUUGCUGAUGUGACGUUCUAUGUGAAGGAGAAGAAAAUGCUCUGUCAUAACUGUGCCUUGAAGAAAGGAUGCAUCGGAACAGAAAGAAGAGGACGGCUUGCUCUCUAUUGCGAAAAACAUGAUAAAACCAUGGACCUGUAUUGUAAGACUCAUGGCGAAGCCUUAUGUGUUUCAUGCGCUAUGAUAGAUCAUCGCCAACAACAAUGCAAACAACAGGGUAUAAAAUACGCACUCCUAGAAAACAAAGCAAAGCUCAGCAUCCUAAAGAAAUCUACGGUGGACAAAUUAGAGCUAUUCCAAGUCUAUGGAAAUGAGAUUCGUCAGAUUAAAACAGUUGCCGACCACCAUAUCCAGACUAUUAAGAAAGAGGUUGGUUCCGAAGUAGAAUGGGCUAUUGAAAGAGACAGGGCCAGGGAAAAACAAGAUGCUGAUGGAGUCGACCAGGAGAUCGAUGUGAGAAGCCAAACACUCCAAGAGGAGUUUCAAGAGAUUCAGGAGAUCCAAAACAACAACGAAGAGGGAGAGAAGCGACAUGAAAAAAAUAAUUCAAAUGCAGAGAGAAGACGACAACUGAUCCGUGAUAAACAACGGAUUCUCCAGCUAGAGAAAUCAAGGCAAGACGACACAAAUGCAAGAGAAAAAGCAAAAGAGAUAGUGGACAGAAUUCUUGAAGACGAUAUAAGUAUUGUGAAAGAUGGACAUCGUGUGAAUCCAUCAGUGAGUGAGGAACUAAAGAAGCAACUGAACGGGGGUGAGUUGGAAGAACUUAUUCGUGUUAUAUCAGAUGUGAGGUUUAUGAAGGGUGUUGGGCGAGAGUUGUAUGAUGGAAGAAUUGAUGGGUAUGAUGGAGAGUGGAAGCUCAUUGAUACAAUCGAUGUCACAGAUACAAUCAAAUUCCCACGCCUUGUUGGAUGUAUAAAUAAAGAUCAGGUGAUGAUCACAAAUGGACCGGCUAGUGAACAACACUGCAAUACCUACAUAUUAGAUUUGAACAGUAAAAACAUCCAGAGAGUGAUCAACGGUAAUCAAAUGUCUUGGGUUAUUACUUGUGCAGUGCUGAAUGACGGCACGGUGGUAUGUGGUAGAUACGUCAAAGGCUGUAGAGGAGGCAGUUUACCUAAGUGCAUCAGUGUAUACGAUAGACAGUGGAAUCACAUCAAUGACGUCACAAUACCAAGGAACACGGUGAAUAAUGGCACAUGGGUGGGUGUUGAAGCUGAUCAGGAUGGGAUGAUCAUCGCAGCCGAGGGGAGUCAGUCUAAGAUUUAUGCCAUCAACAUGGACAACCCAGCUGAUGCUACCAUUAUCAAUACGAUCACGUGUCAAGAGAAGAUGAGAAUGAGCUGUGUGCUGUCAUCAGGUCACAUCAUCGCUCGAACCACACCAUUUGAUCGUAGGGUGCGCAUCAUUAACGGGGGCGGUGAUCAUAGGAAAAUCUCCCACACUGACAUCAUUUACAAUGUGUGCGUUGAUCGUAUGACAGACGACCUCUACGUCGUGACAUCAGAUGAUGAGUACAAGACGUGUGUGAUUGAUCAGGUGACGAGUGGGGGUGAUGUAAUAAAGAGAAGAGUAGCAUCAUUCCCUUUAUCAAUUAGACUCACACGGGCUACUAGACCCGCUCACAUUAUCGCGUCUCGAGUGACGAUGACGUCAUCGGGAAAUCUGCUUGCAUGUGAUGGCGAUAAUAUUCUCAUUUUCAAAAAGUGCUUUAUCCUUUAGAUCAAUUGUAGAUUAAUCACAACCAUGAUAUUACUGAACAUGUAUGGUUCACUUAGGAAAAUCACGAGGAAGAAUGAUUAUGAUUUAUUUCAAACUUUGGCGCUUCAUUUUGUCGAUUAUUAUACACAAUCCUUAACAAUAUUAAAAACCUAAGCUCUUACAUCCAAGAACCGAGAUAUUUAAGAGGGAUAGGGGACUGGGAAAUGGCAUGGCAUUGUGCGCGACAUUUUAGCACCAAUACAAGGAAGAAGAGGGAGAGGUAGAAGGAUGCGACAUACAUUCAUUUGAAAGUAUGUUACUAUAAACUAUAGUAGCAGGGACAAUGGGCUUGACAAUGUUUGGAGACAUUUAUAUUUUAUGCUAUGCUUGGGCCCCUGGUGAUAAGCUCUUAGAUUUUAAGGGGCCCACACCUUAUGCAUCAAUGCUUGAUUUAAUUGUACACAUUGUAAAUAUACAUUUUUAUUAUUUUUACACAUGAAGGUGGAAUAAAUGAAAAUAAAAUUUAUUUCAAAACUCCCAAGCUGGUAUGGGCUUAGUCCAGAUUGGACCUUGGUCUUUGGGAAAGAGAACUUAGAGAGUGGGAAUCAUGUGCCCUCUAUGUUAGCUUUGGGAAAGAGAACUUAGAGAGUGGGAAUCAUGUGCCCUCUAUGUUAGCUUUGGGAAAGAGAACUUAGAGAGUGGGAAUCAUGUGCCCUCUAUGUUAGCUUUGGGAAAGAGAACUUAGAGAGUGGGAAUCAUGUGCCCUCUAUGUUAGCUUUGGGAAAGAGAACUUAGAGAGUGGGAAUCAUGUGCCCUCUAUGUUAGCUUUGGGAAAGAGAACUUAGAGAGUGGGAAUCAUGUGCCCUCUAUGUUAGCUUUGGGAAAGAGAACUUAGAGAGUGGGAAUCAUGUGCCCUCUAUGUUAGCUUUGGGAAAGAGAACUUAGAGAGUGGGAAUCAUGUGCCCUCUAUGUUAGCUUUGGGAAAGAGAACUUCCAAACUCCAAGGUCCAAUUUGGACUAGUAUAGGCUUGUCCUGUGCCACUCAAUCCAGUAUUACAUUGUAUCAAGAUUUUUUUAAACCAAGCUAUACCGGAAUACUUUCUUUGUUUUAGUUAAAAUUAAUCAAACAUGUGAUUUGCAGACUGCUGAAUAGGUUGAUCAUCGCGUUUCAUCGUGUAUUAUUCAGUUCAUCUUAUACCUUUGUAUGACUACUUGCGUUCCUCAUUGACCAGUUCAUUAAUUUGUAUCAUACUGGUUUUAAACAUUAUUAUUUUACCCUUUAUACUCUGCCACGUGGUGAUAAAAUGAAACAUUUCUUCUUUUUUUUUAAAUUGGUUUGAGUGUUAUCUUAAUUUAGUAGUGUAAAUGUAAAAUAAAAAAACUAUAAAAUAAAUAACAUAACAGUAGCAUAGGACUUUCGAUUACAUUUAUUCCUUAAAACUUACCUUUACAAGCUUGAAAACAAUAUAUCUUCUGUCUCUGUAUCACAUAAAGGUAAAGUGGUUUUAACAUUUGAGAGUUUUGUAAGGUAUACAUGGUAAGAGAAUAUAAUAAAUAUGGUAUAUUACAUUUACGCAUUUAACAUGUCUGAUAAUUAAUUUCAAUGAUAUUUUGACACUUUAAGUUAUGAACUUAAGUGAGAUUAACGGCUACAAUUACUGUCUAUUAUUGUUUGAUAAUAUUACUUGUAUGUUUUUUUGUUUAUAUUCAUGAAUUUCGAUAAAAUAUUAUUACAAAAGAACUAUACCGUUGGUUAAAUGGUACAACAAAAUAACUGACCAUGGAGUUUCAUAGUUGCCUGUUGCAGAGAACAUAAAUGUAUGUUUUGGUAUACUGAUUAAAUUUUAACAAAAUCGAAGCCGCUUGGGACUUUACUCCUGCCACAACGCUUGUAGUGAAGCAGAAUUCUAUUUUAAGUAUUCCAAGCAUUUUCUUUCAACUUUCAAAUAUAAUAUAAACCACAAUUCGAAAAAAAAAAAAUGCGUCGAAUCGGAAUAUGUAGUGGCUCCUGACGUGUAUCUUGAUUGGUGUCCCAGUGUCCUCUGUAAACAAAGGACCUAAAAUAUUAACUCUUGCGAGUAGCUUUAUGAAAUAUUGUGAUGUAUAUCUGAUGGGUGUUUCAAAAAGCAGUACGUAAGUUACGAUUGAUUGACUUUAGGCAUGGCUGGUGAGACUUUCUUGUGGCACAUGACAUAUUUCCACUGAUAAGAACAUGUUCCAGUUGAGUACGCAAAACUUUCCGAAUAGCCUCUCGAAACGCCCCUUGUUCUGCUAAUUGCAACUGACAGUGUUUUCUCCUUUCAAAAUAUAUAUUGCAAUCGAUCAAGUAUUUGGAAAUAUGUAAUCGAUAUAGCAAUCAAUUCGCUUUUGCAAAGAUCUUUUAACUUUUUAUCUUGCUUUUACUUUUAUGAAUUGUAUAUAGGUCCUAAACAAGUUCAGGAAUACAUAACGGCUUGCGUUAUCAUUAGCUAUAUAAACCAAAUAAAAAGUGGGAUACCAAGAUUUUAAGCGGUUUCACUUUCAUGAUCGUCAUCAGUCCAUUGCUCGUUGACAUAUUCUCAAUCGUGAGACUUUCCACUAAUUCUUGUUGUUUACAAAAUGCAUGAUUUGGUAUUUUGAAAAGUGUUGGAAUACGAAAAGGGGGGAGGAUCCAUGAUUCCAGAUGAGGGCACAAAGAAUGCUUAAAGAAUGUGACAAUUCCCCCAUAAGCGAGGGGAAAAUGAUAAUUCCAAAAUAGAUACCAUUUCCUCUUUAUCUGUCUGUCUGUCUCUCCCACUCUUUUUACAUAAAAUGACAAGCC